CUCUCCUCAUCAGCGUUGAGCGCAAUUUCCUGGACUGGUUCCUCGAAAACAAGAGUAUAGGAAUCCUCUACAUUCGUCACAAUGGUUCAAAUCAAAGCUUCGUCAUUGGUAUUGGCUGCACUUGUUGCAGGCUACGCGCAGACUUUGGUCGUUGCGAGAGAAUUCACGGUUGGAGACCUAAUUGAACUCAGGUCAACAAUCCGAGACCUUGAGCAGCAGGAACAGAACAUCCGGUCGAUUGUGGAAGAAAUCCUGGCACGGCGCGCAACAGGGUCCAAUCCAUUCUCUGAACUCGAGGCUCGCGAGUUCGAGGACAUCCAUGCGCGCGGAGGAGAGCAAGUGGCAGGUUUCUUCAAGGGUAUUGGCCAGUUCGUCAAACGCAUGUGCUCAGCGUACUGGAACGGCAUGAAAGACGAUGUGGCCAUCCUGGACUUCCGCCGGCACCCUCGUAGGAUCACAUCUAGAAAGUUCACGGAUGGGGCACCAGUUCUUGAGUCCAGGGAUUUCCCCGUUCGUAUCCACACAAACUACAAGCAACGGCGAAGACGAUGGUCAGGAGAUCGUAUUGCCAGAGAUACCGUCGACCUUGAAGCCCGGACUCACGACUACUGCGACCGUCGGCGGAGGUGGGAGGACGGCCAUAUCGCAACCCGAGGCUAUGCCGACGACUCUGGAGACUUAGAGAUGAGGGAUGGAGCAGACCUUGUUCCCCGAAUGUCCUGGUUUGGCAAAGCUCUUCUCAUUUAUCGCGACAUCAAGUCCACCCCCUGGCAGAACCAACCGCGAUCUGAACCUGAUGCCGAAACUCGACUACUGUACCGGGACCUUACCAAAUAUCUCUUGGAAUAUCGUCAAACUCUCGACUCUCUCCGAGACUGGGAACAACGAAGCCUUGACGAACUAGAUUAGUACCGCGUCCCGACACCAAUUUGCACACCUGUACAGAGUACAACUAUGUCAAUGCAUUCAUUGUGAUAUGGA